AUGACAGACGGAACAGUAUCUACAGAAGCAACACCAAAACACGAGUUACCGUCUUCGAGAGCUCGCAGUGUGUCAGCGCUGAAAUCUGAGCAGCCACUGGGCCCAGAGCCACCGGAUUCCGGCUGGGCAUGGAUGGUUCUACUCGGUACAUUUUUCGUGACUUUCAGCAGCAUCGGUUACCUUGUUGCACUGAGCGUCUUUUUCCUGUCUUGGAAGAAUGAAUUCGAAAGUCCUUUUGUGGGAGCGCUCUUCACAAAGUUCAGUGCCCGUACUGUCGUGAUGGUCGGUAGCCUCAUCUCAGCUACGGGAAUUCUGCUGACAUCAUUUGGUACAAGUAUACCAUUCUUGAUUGGAACAACCGGCAUACUAGCAGCCAUCGGCUUCAGCUUCCAACUCAAUGCCAAUUUCGUCAUACUGCGACAGUACUUCAAGAAACGAUUCGCCUUUGUCGUGGGACUGACUCAAGGUGGGUAUAGUGCAAGUCAGAUAGCAUUACCACCUUUCUUCACCUGGCUCAUUAACGAGUACGGCUGGAGGGGCGCCCUUCUCAUCAUCACGGGAAUCAGUUUGAAUGCUCUAGCCGCGGGCACCCUCAUGAGGCCUGUCCGUCACAAGAUUAUAAAGAAGAAAGAGAAGCAACCCCAAGAAAGCAGUUUGUCAAACACCGAGAAGGAGAAGCAACCUCAGUCAAGCAGUGCAUCGAACGUCAAUGGUGGUGGACUAUCGUCGGGCAUUGGGGAGAAUCCUGAGACAGGCAUUUGCGAUGAUGACGUCAAAGACUGCAAACAUGCUGUAAAUGACGACCUACGCGCGCUAAGAAUGACAUCCACACAUGACAAUGCUAGGCUCGUACAAGAAGACGUCAAUGCUACCUCUCCGCAACCAGACGAAAGCGAAACAGAAUAUGACGACUGGUCCGAUUUUGAAGAAGAGUUUCCAGUGAUGGUCAACAGCCUCGCGGAUCCGUUCAUCAUAAUGGUUACUGAUGACCACAUCAGUCGAGUUACCGUACCAAUCACGCAAGCAAAGCCAGACUCGCCCUGGGGUUACGUUAGGAUGUACGUCAAGCGCACCGUAACAUUCUUACUCGAUACUUACGGCCUGAGACGCCUUGCUCACAAUCUCUGUUACAUCCUUUUGUGUGGAGCAGCAUUUACCAUGGCGUAUGGAUGGGCUGCGAUGAAUGUCCACCUCGUGCCCAGGUCAGAAAGUGUGGGUAUUGAGAGCGAGGCCUCUUCCUUGUUCCUGUCCAUAGUGGGAACGGUUGGGCUUGUUAGUAGACCUAUCAUAGGUGUGCUGGUCGACCAGCGUUAUGUCAGUGCCCCACUGUCCUUCGCCGCUGGUAUGCUCGUGCUGACUGUAGCAAUAAGCCUCGUUCCACUGUUUACCACAUUCGGCCCACUGGCAGCCGUAUCCGUUAUGUUGGGACUGGGGUCUGGAGUAAGUGGUAGUCUUGUCAUGAUAACGCUGCAGAAGUUGAUUCGCCCAGCCGAGGCAGCUGCAGCCACUGGGAUCGCCUUGUGUGUCUGGGGAAUCGGCGAAAUCGCCGGCGGCUUCUUUUCAGGAUUUCUCUUCGAUGUGACUGAAAGCUACGACUACUCCUUUUACUGUUCAGGUGCCGCUUCCUUCACCAGUUCCAUCCUUUGUGUGGCCAUCUACUUUCGCCUCAGAGCAAGGAGAAGACGGCAUCGUGCUAAGCAGUCACCGGCUGUCGCUUUGGAAAAUCCAGGCUUUACAGUUUUCACAGAGCAGAACAAUUCAAAUAUCGAAUCGCCUCGGGAAACAGCCAGUGUGUCAGCGGUGCACGACCAUGAAGCUAUUAAUCCUUUGUAUUCACUUGAGCAAGAUGAGGAACAAGAUCAAACGACAGCAGUAUCAAAUGAAGAAGACACCAGCCGGGGUCCAAAAAAAUCCAACCUGCCGAUGAAGAGAUGGUUUUCAAGAUUGGGUAGUAAGGAAGACUAUCGUGUCGAAAUGAGUCACAUUUCAAAAUCUGACUCUGGGGCCGAGGUUGACGAUGCAAAUCAAGGAGCUGAAAAGGUCGCAUCAGAAUUAGAGCUAGAAAUAAACGAUGAUGAACCGGCAUUUGGACGUCUGGAACAUAUGAACUUUGAAAACCCCGCCUUUGAAGACGAGGAAGAAUUGCCAAAAGACAUGGCUGAAAGUAAAAAAGUUGCUUUCGAGAAUCCCAUCUUCAGAGAAGAUAAUUAA